CCCGAGCUGUCGUGCGUGCGUGUCGUCCACGCUUGUAAAUACGUAGUCGUACGCUAGAUAAGUUUCGUAGUAAUUAUGUGUUUGGCUAAGAAUGAAGAUUCACCGCAGAAGGAGGCCGUGUCGCCUCGGUCGCCGUGGGCGAAGCUUCUUAAUCGACAGAGCUCAAAGCCGCGCCUGCCGAGAAAGGUGGCAUCCUCUACGCGAGUGAACCUCAACAAGUGUUGGUCGAAGUUGGGAGAGCUCAUCUCCAACUCAUCGCCCCGCGCUGACCUACCAUCGCAAAAGACUGCUUACCCUGAAGAACCGGUCGUCAUCCCGUUCUCCGAUUUCUUCUACCCGCUGGACCCGGUGAAACCGGUGCCAGUCGAAGACAACGACAACGCCGAAAACCAGAACAUCCUGAACUCCAGCCGCUUCGAGUUGAUCUCAGAAGACGAGGUCAACGACAACAUGGCCAACGAAGUUCGCGAGAUCUGCUACUCCGCGACCGCGAACUGCUCCGUAUGUAACGUUUGGUAUUAGUUUCUUCUUCCUCUACAUUCUGAGACCAGUGAAAACAAAAUCUCGUCUUCCAAAAGUAGAUUUAGUGCGUGCUCCGAUGCGAGCUGUAAUCCAACGUCUUCCAGUAGCAUUAGUGAAGUGGCGUGAGAACCUGACGUUUGUCGUGAUGUUUUGUGAUGUUAGCCUUAAUUUGUGAUGUUAGUCGAUAGAAUAUCACGCCCUGGCAUCAGGUCCUUACGCUACGCUUAGUUGAGUGUAUCGUUUGUAACAUCACGUUUUGGUAGACAGCUUUAAUGCCUGCACUGUUAUCGUCGCACACCCUCAGCUAUCUCCUUAACUUCCUCUAACAGAUAAUCGUUUAUGUUAUAUCCAACGUCUUCCAUUAGUUUGUAAGAGAGUUUUAUCUUGUCUGUGAUAAUCAGAGUACACAUAUUGAAAGCUUUAAUUAGGUUAAGUAAAGAUUUAUGAUUGUACGCAAUGGCUCUCUCUACGCACUUUUGAUGAAAUUGCAUCGUGAGUGUCUUGAGAAAGUCAAUUGCAUUUUUAUCCAGAUACAUUUAUUCGAGUAUUAGAACUAACAUAUCAGUGAAAAGCUUUAAUAGUUUGUAAGAAAAGUUUUAAUAGUCUUAAGAUCUAGAAUAUAAUGUUCGUAAUUGAAUGUUUUAAAAUCUAAGCAGAAGUGGGCCGAACGUGCCAAUCUUUUACUUGUAAGUUUUAGUUUAAUAGUGAUAAGGGUGCCUUUCGUAGUUAAGUAUUAGUUUAAAGCUCUCAAUUUUUCGGUUUCGUUCUUUUAGUUUAGGAUUGCUUAGUGGAAAAAUUCGCAUAAAAAUAAUCAAAAUUAUGUGGUUAAGUUGUAAUUAGUUUUUAAGUUUAGACUGAUAAUGUUAAGGAAUUUCAAGACUUUCGUUUGAUCUCCAUUCUUAUUAAUAAAUGCUUUGAAUAAAUAAA